AGUAACCGCUCUGUGAUUGAAACCGCUACAUACACUGUUAAGCUCGAAGAAGGUCAUAAAAUUGCAUUCAGGAGCGCGCGCAGAAAUCUGAAGAGUCUGCCGAUAUCCGGCCCUGGCGGGAGGCGCUGACGCGGAGCCCCCAGAAGUGCGCCGCUCCGCUCCGAGCUCCAGUCCGCUCUUUCGCGCUUUCCUGCCUCCGUUGACUUAAAGCGGCAGCGCCGCCGACUAGGUACUCAGAGAACGGAUAACGGUACUCGGAGGAACCGGGAUGUGCAACGAAAAGGGGCCGAAAGACGGCCAAGUGCGUCCGGCGGCAUGCAGGCGUGCUGUGGGGCUGCUUGUGCUGCUGGCAGUUCUGGAGACCGGGCUUGGGAAUCGCCGAACCGGAGGAAGACAACUAGAAGGAAAAAGAGAACGAGGGAAUUUCCCUGGAGAAGAAGUCACUAUUAUCUGGCCCUCCCCAGGACGAACGAAACGUGAAGCAGGUGCAGACAAUAAGGUGCUACACCCAGAUACCGCAGAGAUCGUGUUAAUGGCUGAAGGCAAAGAGUUGGUACUGGAGAUUGAACGCAAUCAACAAUUGCUGAGCCGAAGUUUCACGGAGACCUAUUAUGAUAAGAAUGGGGAGCCAGUGACAAUCACACCAAAUUACACAAACCAUUGCUUCUACCAUGGGGAAGUGAGAGGCCAUGCUGGAUCGUGGGUUGUUCUGAGCACUUGCACUGGGGUCAGGGGGCUAGUUGUUCUCAACUCCAAUGACAGCUACUACCUGGAGCCCAGGGGAGAGGAGGACUCUACUCACCAUAGAAUCUACCGGACAGCACAUCUUCCAGUCAAGAGUGGUUCCUGUGGACAGGCGCCUGGUGCGUCACCAAGCCACCACCUAACUGACCUGCAAAAUCUUGUCAGUCCUGUUAAACCUUUGCAUCAAAGGAUAAAAAGAGAUACCUGGACAACCACUAAAUACAUGGAACUCUUCAUUGUUGCAGACUAUACUUUGUAUCAAAAGCAAAAUCGUGAUUAUGAAAAAACAAAACAGAGAAUAAUGGAGAUAGCCAACUAUGUUGAUAAGUUUUACAGGGCUUUGAAUAUCCGGGUACCUCUGAUUGGCCUGGAGGUGUGGACUGAAGGGGACCAGUGCACAGUGCGUGAGGAGCCCAACGCCACUCUAUGGUCAUUUCUGCAAUGGAAGCAGAAGCUGAAAGCAAGGAAGAAACAUGACAAUGCACAACUGCUCACGGGUGUAACUUUUAAAGGUACUACCAUAGGCAUGGCACCUCUUGAGGGGAUGUGCAGCCAUGAGAAUUCAGGUGGCAUCAAUGUGGAUCAUUCAGAGGCACCAAUUGGAGCAGCAGCCACCAUGGCCCAUGAAAUUGGACAUAAUUUUGGGAUGAGCCAUGACAAUCAGGGAUGUUGUGUAGAAGCCACACCAGAACAAGGUGGAUGUGUAAUGGCUGCUGCUACGGGGCAUCCUUUUCCCCGUGUAUUUAGUGCCUGCAGUAAGAAGGACCUGGCUAAAUAUUUUCACAAAGGUGGAGGAAUGUGCCUUUAUAACAUACCAGACAUGAAGGACCUGGUUGGAGGAAAGCGCUGUGGCAAUGGGUUUGUGGAGGAUGGAGAGGAAUGUGACUGUGGAGAACCUGAGGAAUGUACAAAUCCUUGUUGUAAUCCAAACAACUGCACCCUGAGAGCUGAAGCCCAGUGUGCUCAUGGUGUGUGCUGCGAAUCCUGUAAGCUAAAGGAAGCAGGUACGAUGUGCAGAGAACCAGCAGGUGCCUGUGACCUCCCUGAAUACUGCACAGGAUCCUCUCCUUACUGCCCCUCUAAUGUCUACCUCCUUGAUGGUUCAGUCUGCCAAUAUGGCCAGGCCUACUGCUACAAUGGAAUGUGCCUCACUCAUGAGCAACAGUGCAUUGAGCUCUGGGGAUAUGGUGCACAGCCUGCCCCUGAUGCUUGCUUCCAGGAUGUCAAUGCUGCUGGGAAUGCCUAUGGAAACUGUGGAAAAGAUAACCAAGGGAACUAUGUGAGGUGUAAAGGAAGCGAUGCAAAAUGUGGGAAAAUUCAGUGCCAGAGUGCAGCAAAGAAGCCAGUUGGAACCAAUGCUGUUUCUAUAGACACCACAAUUCGUUUCAAUGGUCGGGAAGUGAAGUGUCGUGGAACCUUUGUAUAUGCCACUCAGGAUGGGGAGGGUGACAUGCCAGAUCCAGGGCUCGUCAUGACAGGCACCAAAUGUGGUGACGGGAAGAUUUGCAGAGAAAGAAAGUGUCAGAACGAGUCUUUCUCAGAGCUUGCUGCCUGUGUCUCCCACUGUAAUAGCCAUGGGGUCUGCAACAGCAAUAAAAACUGCCACUGUGAUCCUGGAUGGGCUCCUCCAUUUUGCCGAAAGCCUGGCCUUGGUGGCAGUGUGGACAGUGGCCCUGUGCAGAACCACAGUCAGCAAGGCCUUGUUGCUGGACUUUUGUUUACAUUCCUAGUAAUACUGCCAGGUGUUCUUGGAUUAUUUUAUUGUUACAAAGUGAAGACUUCCCCUUAUCAUAGAUGGCUGGCAGAAAGAAGGCAGAAAACUAAAGUAUGCAGAAAAGAGGCAUCUGAAGAGAAAACCAAAAAUGGGCAAAUUAACCCCGAUUUUCAUCUGAAGAUAAUAGGUUCAUCCAGCAAUAAUGCAAAGAAGCCUUUGAAAACUGGUCAAGAGAUCUUGCCUCUGAGACCUGGGCCUACAGUAAAUGGACCACAUCCUGUGAAUGUUGUACGCCCACUUCGACCCGCGCCUACACCUGACAUCCAGCGGAAUGUGAAGAUGCCUAGGCCAGUCAUGCCAGCUGGAAAACCUCCUCCUACCCCAACAAAAUUCACAAGCACCACAGAAAAACUGAUCCCUCCAAAGAAACCUCUGCCAGUAAAUCCUACAAGGACACCUUUGUUAGCAGCUGACUUGUCCCCUAAGCAGUCAUCCUGUCCUCCUCAGAGACCUCUACCACUAAACCCAUCUCCUGCCAGAGGUGGGCCUCCAAAGAGAGACGAAGGGCUUUUAGUGAUGAUGCCACCAGCAAAUCACAAACCAGUAGGAAAGGCAGUCGUCAUUCCUCCGGCAAAACCACUGAAGCCAUCCCUUCCUCAAAAGCCUAAACCCAGUAUAAACCCAAUCAUAGUCCCGUUCCCAUUCCGAAAAUGACCUUGGGAGAAAACUAAAUAGACUUCUUUGCUUUUCUGUUGAGACUAUUUGCACUAAUCAGUAUACAUAUAUGGUUGGGAACACCUCAGGAUGCAUUUAGUUUACAAAGGGUGCCAAAAAAUAUCAUCCUGUGGAAGAAUCUAUGGUGAACUCUUAAGAUUGUCAAGGCAAAAGAUGACGUGGUUAUAAAGAGAUAACUGAGACUCUGGACUGUGAAAAAAUUCACCCUGGAACGGGACAGCGCUCAAUCAUCAACAUGAUCUAUUUGUAUUUUUUUUUAAUGAAAAUUGAUUUUGUACGUGUAAUGCACCAAAGAUUUAAUUGGUUUUGUUUUUUUCAUGAGUGUGCGUGCUUGUUUGUAAUUUUAUUGUUUCUAAACUCUAGCUGACUACUUGAAAAGUCUGUGCCCCUAAGUGAUACAUCCAUCUUGAUUUGUUACUGGUUACAAGUCAAACCUUUCUUAGUAAAAAUAUGCAUUGCUUACUUCAAUUUUCCCCACUUCCUAAGGAGCGCAGGCAGUACGGUAAAUGCAAGACCUGAGAAGCAAUAACUUGAACUAGUACCUGAUUUUGCAUUGAGUUCAUAUUUUACUUGAAGCAGUUUUUGGCCUAUUAAGAGGAACUUCACGAGUACUAUGCUUCAGCCUUAUCAUGAGUACAGAAAUACAAGUAUCUUCAGCAUCCUUUUGAAUGAACAACAGUGCAAACAGCAAUACGGGCUCUUUAAAAAUACUGUAAAUGUGGCCAAAAUGUUCUUUUUAAUUACAUUAUGCUGGACAUAGCUGGAUAACUCUUUUUUGUUUGUUUGUAAUAACAUCAUUUGCAAUUUCAUACCA